AUGGGUACGGUACGGAAGCGAUUACCUGCCCGGAAAGUCAGGCACCUUGGCAGAAGGUCUCUUGGCUACUACAUCUUCCGGACUCUCACAUUGAUCUCGACGUUGUCGCCAGGCGAGCGGCUACUGAUACUCAUUGGUUUGAAAGUUCCGCGUGGUGUGACUCGUCUCUUAGCGCAAAGGAAGACCGCUGGAACCACAUUUCUCGCUGCCUUAUCCUUGCCUGUCAAGAAUUUAUCCUGUCGUUGGCCAGCUGAGGAAAUUCCUCUGCCGCUUGCAGAGCAACGACCCUCACUGCGCCUUGCGACUGGGGUUGGAACCCCUUGUGACAAUUCUCAUCCGACGCUAAAACAGAGCAUCUUUAAGUAUCCUACGGGACUCAUCCUCUCACCGACGUACAACUUUCUUUCAGAGAGGGUAAUCCAUAUUUUCUGA